AUGAGAUUUUGAACUUGAACGUGACGAAGUUCUUUCUGAACACGUUGUUUGAGCUUUUCAACUUGUACAAGAAUUUCAGAUCGAUGUUGGAAAACGGGCCGGGAUCCCUAGUGGUAGAAGAUGAGAUGGAUAAUAUCGAAAUAGGUGCCAGCUCGUCGCGGGACAAGAAAACGAAGGCGUCCUCUUCGAUACAAAAAUAUGAGGAUUCGUCAAAUAUGGUGUUAUCGUGUCAGGUUUCGAAUCAAACAGGCGACGAUAUAGAGUGCUAUCUAUUUAAGCAUGUGCGCGAGAAAAAUAUGACAAAGCGUCUGAGUCCGGGAGAGAGUGCCUCCAUGCCGAUUUUGGUCGGCAGGAAUCAAUUGGAAAAUUUAUGGACUGAUUGCAUGAUGGAUCUGAGUUUUCCCUGCAAGCCGAUGUAUCAAGAGAUAUUGAAUGUUCCGAUUUCGAAGACAAGUGUGAUGGCUUAUGGGUUGUCUCGGUUCGACCAAUCGAUUGUCUUGCUGGUGCAGGUCUCGUUCGAUCGAGGCAACAAGCAGGUGGUUUUGCGAGGCAAUUGGACUUUUUUCAACGCGACGUGCGUACCGCUGGAGAUCAUGCUGGAUUACGCACAAAUUUGUAAGAACGGUCAGAAAGUCGUCAAGUCGAUUGACCCCCGAACGUCUUACUCAAUUCCGCUAGAGUUUACCGAGGUGCAGUCGGUGCGUAUGCGGCCGAAGGCCGAAGAGGAGUUCGACUGGUUUGAAAUGGAGAGGGAUUCUUCUAAGCAAGGUGAGUUGCUUGUUGACUCGGUCACAGCCAUGAGCUAUGUACACACGACGAAUCGGCAAUCUAGGGUGUGGGCGGUGGCAGUCCGCGAGAAGACAAGUCGAGUACGGAACAAUCAGUUGUCCGUGGUGGACAGGCAGGUUAGGUUUAGUCCGUAUUUGACGAUUAAGAACAUGUUGUAUUCGACUCUGUGGAUGAAGAUGGUGCACACGAUGUGUGAAAAUUUGGAGGCUUCUCCCCCGAUUUCUUUGCCGAUACUCGAGGCGAAGGACUUGGUGUGGUUUUCCGUGCCCAAGAAGGCCAAGGAAUCUACAGCCGGCUAUCUAUCAACGAUAGGGUUGAGCAUAAGGAUUGAGGGGUACGCAUGGAGUAAGCCGGUCGAGCUGUUUCUGGGCGACACACAGAAGGAGAAGGCGAGCAAAAAAAAGGAGAUUCCAAUCAAGUUGAGCAAGGAGGGAUCAAAGAGAAGGUUGUCUUUGUUGGUGGAUUUGAACGUAUUUAGUGAGGGGGGAUGCGGACUGUACGUUUAUGCGGAUUACUGGCUGAUCAACCAGACUGGAUUAGAUGUGAGAUAUGCCGAGAAAGGGGAGGUGGAUAGGGGGGAGGUGGGAGCGCAAGAGAGCUCUGGAAAAAGGAUGAGCAGAGAUUUAGAAAGCAGCGCUCUGGAUUCGAAGUCUGAUCAGAGAGGAUCGUACAAGAAGUACCUCGAUUACGGAUAUGCCUACAAUGUAUACUACUAUGACAAGAAGAGUUUGAGCAUUAAGGUAGGGAAUUCGAAGUGGUCGAAGUUAUUUCCGAUUGGGAUAAAGAACGAAGGAAUAGUAUAUGUGAGAGAUUCAGAAAGCGAAAAUUCCGAACUUUACCAAUUUUCGGUUCUGGUUCACCCGGGUCCUGGCCGGUUUUGGAGAACUAAGGUCGUGCAGCUCCAGCCGGCGUGCAUAUUGGUGAACAGGGCGUCGAUGCCCCUGCGGUACAGGCAGGAUGGGUGUGACGAAUCGUACGCGCUGGGCUGUGGGGAGCAGAUUCCGUUUCACUGGCCGAGGGGCCAAAAAGACAGAAAGUUGGUGGUCUGCGACUUAGAGGAAAAGUACACGUGGUCGGCCGGUUUGUUGCUGCACAUAGUGGGCGAAUGUCAACUGAAGUUGAGGGACUUGAAGGAUGGCAGUCAGACAUUGUGUUUGAAUUUGGUAAUUAAGUUGGUGAAUGCCGUGACGUUUGUGGUAUUUGGGGACGGAGACUCGGAUAAAUGCCCGUUUGUAGUCAACUCUUAUCAGAUCACGAACAAUUCGUCUUGUCAUGUCGUGUUUUACCAAGAUGGAUGCAAAGAGAGGGAGUAUUCGCUGCCCCCUCAGGAGUCGAUGCCCUAUUAUUGGGACAUAGUGCAGCUGCAGUCCCCGAUUUUGGUAAUAAGAGCCGAGGCAGGGAAGAACAAGAGGAUGAAGUUGAGCCUAGAUGAGAUUGGGGCCUAUCCAGACAUUCCGUUGUACCAACUUCAGGGAAAGAGGGCGCUGAGCUUUGAAGUGAGAUUGGUCGGUGCGAAAAGGGAGUUGGUGAUAUCUGAUUUCGGGCCAGCGGAGGUGGAGAGGAGCACGGUGAAGCCCAAAGUGACGCUGAUGGCUAAGAUGGAGGUAAGGGGAAUUGGUGUGUCUAUUAUAGACACGAAGCCGCAGGAGAUUCUCUAUUUGACCAUGCAGUUUAUAUUUUUAGAAGCUCAGAUGUCGAGUUUAGAGCAGACGCUUUACAUGAAGGUGCGAAGCAUGCAGGUCGACAACCAGCUGUACUUCAGUCCUUUUCCGAUUAUGUUGUAUGCUGUACCAAAGUCCGAAUUGCCGUUUUUCCAGUUGUCGGUUGUUCAAGACGUGAGCGUACCGAACCAGUGGCAGUUCAAGUAUUUUGGCAUGCAAAUACAGGAGAUUGACAUCAACCUGCACGACGUGUGCAUUUUUCAAACACUCGCAUUUUCCAACUUUGCGAUCGAUCACCUGUACAGGCUGACGUUGUUGAAGGAAGAGAGGAACUGGCUGAAGAACGGUGCAAGCGACCAAAUUCCGGUGAUAACCGACGAAGAUUUGAGGUCUUCUGACAUUUUUUACUUCCGGAUUUUGCAUUUGAAUCCUGUAAAAGUGAACUUGUCGUUCAUGGCUACGUCCGAGGGUCGCAGUCACUCCGCGGCGCUGUCUACGCAGGAGAACGCGCCCAGUUUUUUGGAGAGUUUUAUGGGUUACUUUGGGUUCUUGACGAGCAUCGACCGAGCGCCGGUGAGGUUGAACGCGCUGCUGCUACAGAACGUGUCUACGUCGCACACAGAACUUUUGAAUCGCAUCAUGGCACACUACAAGAUGUCAGUGAUCAAGCAAGGUUACAAGAUCCUUGGGUCGGCCGAUUUCUUGGGGAAUCCGGUUUCUUUGGUUUCGAACUUGGGAACAGGAGUCCGAGACUUCUUCUACGAGCCCGCGAUGGGCAUAGUGGAGAGUCCGAGCGCGUUUGGUCGCGGCUUGGCCAAAGGGACGAAAUCGCUGCUUCUCAAGACGCUUUACGUUUUGUUCGACACGACCAGUCGACUGACGAACACCGUGGCUGAGGCGGGCGUCAAGGCUACUUUUGACAGCGACUAUCAGAGAAAGCGUGCUUUUCGAAAUCAGAUGCCGAUAACUGAUGCCAGGCAGGGCAUGAUGUCCGGCAUUCACGGCCUAACCUCGGGCUUCUACAAGGGUUUCAGCGGGGUUAUUAUGGAUCCCAUUCGAGGCACUAAGGAAGAAGGAGCCGUUGGGUUCUUGAAAGGGGUGCAAACAGGAUUGACAGGUGUCAUUCUCAAACCCACGAUUGGCAUUGUGGACUUGGUUUCUCGUACCGCUCAGGGCAUCAAGAACAAUGCAGCUUUGGCGAACAAUCGACCCUACACCCCCGUUCGCCUGCCUCGAUAUUUCGGGGAGGAUCACAUCUUGACAGUCUACGAUCCCGAAAAAUCCACUGGCCAACUAAUUCUUUGUUAUAUCGAAGGACGGCAAGACCGAGCCAGCGUCUACAUCGCUCAUUUCAUGGUCAAAAAGAAUUGCUUACUGGUUACGAAGCCCUAUCUGUACUUCCUCAAAUCCAGUCGACAUAGCACGGGCCACUUCGAGUGGAAGGUCGUCUGGAGAGAAGAGCUGUCUGACCUGUAUCUGUGUACCGUGUGUCCUCCCACCGACUAUAUUGGGGACAAAAGAUUAAUCUUGGAAGACGAAGAAUGGUUUCUGAAGCUUCGGUUCAACCCACCCCAUCUGCGCACCCUCAAGUCCGGGAAGCCGCACUGCAGCCACGUCAUCAAGGGGCCGUCCGCCUCUAUUCGACAAAUAUCUAACACUCUCUCGCAACAAGGUGCCAAGUCUGAAACCAAAAUCCUAAGCGAGUAUCUGCGAGACGCAUCAAAAAAAAAAAACACUGAUCACACUUCAAAGUCUGCUUUAUCUAGUCCCACGUCUUCUUCUCCUCUCUUGUCUGGGAACUACAACUCACCCGACUUUUUCAAAAAUUCGAAUCGUGAAAAUCAGCGUCAGAGUUUUUCUGAUGCUAGCGAACAAGCCGCUGACCAAUGUUGCUGUUGUAGCAAAUGUAGCGUUUUGUAGCCCUUCUUCCAGAGCGUCCUA